AUGCUAGAGAAUAACGCCAGUAAUAUACCUCAAUUACCGAAUCCGCCCAUUCUUCCCGCUGCACCGAUCUCUACUGGUCUUUCUAAAUCUCAGAUACUAUCAAAAUGGAGAGAUGAGCAGGGUAGGCGUAUAUUUACACGCGAGAAUACCUCUGACGUGAUAAAAGGUCUGAAUAACACACCAUCUAUUGAUAUCCUAAGAGAUACCGUCAAUAUUCUCCAAGGUAUCGACGGCGCAUACUUCAGAUUCGAAGGAGCAGCCAAUCAGAGCGAGUUUAAGUUAAUUCCCACCGAUCAGCGCUCAAAACGCGUACCAAAACCAACACUCGAGCUCGUUAUCCGCUUGGCUGAAUUAGGUUGGCUUUAUAAGCAAGUAGCGGCUUUUGUACGCGAUUGUAGCACAUCCACAUCUCUAGGUCUUAUCACACAAGCGCUCUCAAGACAUGUGCAGAAUCGCUUGUAUGACUUUUACCGUCUGAUCGCAUUGCUUGAAGCACAACUCGCGCAUACACCAGAGACUAUGGAUGAGCAGAAUGAUUCAAUGGACAGCCUGACAUUAGGUAGGAUAGCCGUAUGGACCGAAGAAUGGCGUCUGAAGAUGCGCAUGAUGAGUACUCUAGUACAGGGUGCCGCUGAUGUCCAUGGUGGUGCUCUCGUUUCCUUGAUUCACGGCUACACCGAGAAUGGCGACCCAUUUAUUAGAGGUUUUGUUUCUGAGCUUCUAGAAGAGGUGUCUCAACCAUUUUUCAAUACUCUGCACACCUGGAUAACCUCCGGAGAAUUAUACGACCCAUUCAAGGAAUUUUUCGUCACAAUAAACAAUGAUCUUGGUAUGGACCUCAACUCAUUUGGAUGGAUGAUCGGUGCUCCAAACACAACAGAGCAUAAAGCUAACAUCGAUGCUGGACAAUUAUGGGCAAAGAAAUAUAGCGUACGCGAUGAAAUGAGACCUCGUUUCGUUGGUCAGGCGUUCGCUAAGAAGAUAUUCAGUAUUGGAAAGAGUUUGAACUUUAUCAGACAUAGUUGUCUUGAUGAAGAAUUUUUUGCUACAAAUCAAAUAUCAGAUAUUGCAAAUAAGGUUCUAACAUACUCUGAUAUCCCAUCUUUAGAGCAGUCUAUCGAUAUCGCUUUCUCGAUAGCGAGUCAGAGACUGCUUGAAAAUAUGUUCUCGAAGUAUAAGCUGAUGGACCAUUUACAAGCACUAAAGAGAUAUCUUAUGCUAGGAAGUGGAGACUUUGUUGAUAUCUUGAUGGAGUCUAUCGGACCAUCCUUAGCAAGACCUGCUAACACUCUCUAUCGUCACAAUCUUACGGCAACACUUGAAGCAGCAAUCAGGGGUUCUAAUGCACAGUAUGAUGACCCAGAAAUCCUCCGCCGAUUAGAUGCUCGCAUGCUCGAAUACACCCACGGUGAAAUCGGUUGGGAUGUUUUCACAUUGGAAUACAGAGUUGACCAACCACUCGAUGUUAUCCUGACGCCGGAAGUUAUGUCGAAAUAUAGGAGAAUUUUCAAUUAUCUAUGGCGUCUCAAGAGAGUUGAAAGCGAUCUAGUAAAGGGUUGGAGAAGGUGCGUUAUGGGCAAGCGCUCCUAUCUAAAAGUACCAAGUCUUGACAAUGACUGGCAUCAAGCGCGCAUCGCAAUGUCUGAAAUGAUCCACUUCGUGAAAGAACUCGAAGCAUAUUGUCACCUCGAAGUGAUUGAAUGCUCGUGGGAGAUUAUCGAACAAUUUGCAUCCAAACGCGAAGGUGAUCUCGACGCGCUGAUCUCAGCUCAUCGUGAGUAUCUCGAGAGAAUCGUUAAUAAGAUUAUGUUAGUUGGAGGACGUUCAUCCCGUCGAGAUGAGGAAUUGUUGCACAAGAUGAAACAACUCUUGAGCGUUAUACUGUCAUUCAGAAGAGCCGUUGAGGACUUGUAUACCUUCACACUCCACAUGUCUUCAUCGCUAGAUCACACACCGCUGGAAAGACCAGAUAUAUACCGCCAUAAGAGGCUCGUUGCUGAUGAAGAAGAGGAGGGUAUUGCUGGUAUAAGAUACAGAGUACAGACCUCAGCUGAUGAGUUCCAUGAACUAGCUUCAUACGUCGUCAACGCCCUCCAAUCGCAUCCUGAUCUUGAUGUACGAUUUUUGGCUGUUCGAUUAGGUUUUAAUCAGUUUUAUCGCAAACCUACCAAGUAA